AUGGAGGAGCAGGGUAUGCCGCGGCCCGCCAGGGUUGUGACGGCGAAUAAACUGCUCCAUUCCAUCCUACACGGCAACUCGCCGCUUCUUCCACCCGUGCUAAGUGGCGUAAAGCCGAAGAACGAGCCGGGGAAGGCGGUGUUGUUGGAGUCCAUUGACGAUGACCAGGUUUGGUACACUUAUAUGAAGGCUUCCAAGGAUGGAUCACUGCUGGAGGAGGCAUGCCGUGUCUUCCCCAACUUUUGGAAGGUCCACCACCGAUAUGCGCUGUACCACGUCUUCCAGAAGCGAAUUCGGAAAGCCUUCGACGUCUACGUCAAUGCAAUGAAGGAGCUGGACGACUACGAGCUCUACGUGUGCUACCUCAAAUUUCUGUACUGCAUGGCCUCCGUACAUGAGUAUAUCGCAGCGCUCUUCACCGCGGUGGACAAGGUUGGUAUGGACCUGAGGUCCGAUCCGCUUUGGAAGGAACUGAUUGUAGUGCUGGUGAAGAUCUACAACUGUAACCUCAUGGAUCGCAACGUGCACACCGGAUUGCUGCCAAACCUUUUCCCUUCCAGGCAGGCGUCGGAAAUGGCGUCCGCAGGGGUCCCGAUGUAUCCGUCCGAAACGGAACAGAUGGCCUUCCGCGGCGUGAACACCCUGGACAAGAGCGAGCAAACCUACGUGCAGCUAUACGGCGACGUCAACCACGUUCGCAAGCUUUUCCAAAGGUGGCUGAGGACUCCCACGAACAACCUGAAGCAAGCGCUGGAUGCUUAUUCGGUCUUCGAGAAUAUCGCAAGUGCAGCUAACGUGCUUUGCACCAAGCUGCUCUCCGAAGCCAACACAACCUAUGAGGCAUCGAUUGUGGUCUAUGAGAAGCUCUCUGGGCUGUACAGAAAGGUGCUUCCUGCGAAACCUGCCAGAAGGUGCCAGCUGAACGCCGAGCAGACGGCCGAGGAGCAGCGCCAGGUGGGGUUCUGGACAGAGAUCAUAAAGUACGAGGAGAGCAACCCCCUCGACCUCCCCGCCUCCGAGGUCGUAGACAGGGUUUCCUUCACGCUGCGCGGCGCACUGGCUCCGCACAUGUUCUCAGGCAGCCUGUGGUACAUGUACUUCCAGUUCCUGCUGGCGAACGACAAGCGUGAGAAAGCUGUCGACACGUUGCGUUACGCGAUAAAGAAUUUCCUGCAGGAUGACGGAAAGAUGCAGUUUGUGCUGGCUGCGUAUUUGGACGACGGCGGCGAAUCUGCCGCUACAGAGUUCAGGAGGUUGGUAGACCCCGGUUUACGCCUCGUUGACGAGGGAGAGACUGCCACCGACGAGACGCAGCUGCGGCAGAUCCUGCAGUUCGAGCAGACCGACUCCGCCACCGCGGUGCAGCCGGCGCGGCUCAUCCAUUACCUCAACUACGUCCGCCGCAACCUGGGGCGCGCGAAGUGGCAUGAAGACGUGCAGGUGAUCCUCACGAAGCGGGAGCUGCUCAGCUGGGAGCUCUACUGGUACGCAGCAGACACCGAGGUCCGUUGCUUCGGCGACGUGGACGCCGCCGCCACCUUCCUCAGCGAGGCCCAGCAGGGCAUGCCGUUUGACAUGCACUACACCAUGCUUCACCUAAGGUUCCUGCUUAAUAUGGGGCGUGUUGUAGAUGCACGUGUACUGUUGACCCAACUCGUGGUGGGUGCAAAUGUAGCUGGGGAGACCAAGUGCAAACCAACCGCUUCCGAGAAGACCGCGUUGUGGCACUUUUGGCUCCACGCGGAGUACUUCUACGGCUCAAAAGAGCAGUUCUCCCACGUGAAAUCGCUGUUCGUUCAAGAUCGCAUCGCAUCGGAGGUGGGCCUAGACGUCUUCGCGGAGAAGUCGAAUCGCAAUGGAGUCAGUGCCAUUCGCCAGAUCUUCGGUGAUAUCGGCGCUGCUUUCAUGAAAACUCACAUGGACUCCAGCAAACGUGCGGCUACUGCGGAUAUGCAUGCUGUGGUGGAGCUGCGCAAGCGUCUUUUCUGCGUCGGCCUGGACUACGACGACCUGGACAGGGUGUUCCUUGUCGGUAACAGCCGCCCGGCGGCUGCCGUGGAGGAACCUACCAGCUCCGACGAGGAGCCCGAAAGUUAUGUACCCCCGUCCAACUUUGCUCAUCGUUCCGCCACCGAUCAGGACACCUCCCGCCACCACGUGGCUAUCACUAGACCCGACGUCACCGCUCUGGCUCCGCUCGACCCUCACAACACCGGCCCUGUUGAAUCGAUGGUCAUGCUGCACGCCAGCAGACGGCCGCCGCUACCAGACGGGGCCAAACCCAUGGAUACAGUCGCCACCCCGCCGAAGGUGCUCUUCGACUUACUACGCGUGCUGCCCAACCCCAAUCCAAAGGGUCCCUUCCCCAAGAUGUACGGAAACGCUGAGGCUAUAGACUACCUGAUACGCUCUCUGGAAGGCACAAGUUUCAAGGAGGUCCAGCUCCGGGACUACCAACCGCUGCCCGUGAACCAGCUGCUGCACCUGAAGAACGCCGCUGGAUCUGACGGCCAAACAACAGAAGCAUCUAUCGAGUCGGCGGCGAAUGAGGGCGCCUUUGAUCUGAACAACGGGUUGUUUUCAAUCCUCCGUUUCGUCGAGGGCCACGUCGGCACGGAAGAAGUCGGCCGCUUGAAGGCAAAGAAAGCGUCUAAGAAGCAGAAACUAGCGAUAUGA